ACAAUGGUCUAUAAUGACCAUUGACCACUUGAUAAAAUUUAAAAUCUUUGAAGUCCUAAAGGAUUAAGAUAGCUAUCUAUCAGUGCUUGUACUUAAUUUACAUUAUUUCAUGGACACUAAGUUAUGGCUAGUCUUACGAUGAAUGGAAGUUUAUUUUGUAAAUUAUGUGAAUCUGUUACAGACAUUAAAUGGAAAUGUUUGCAAUGUGAUAUAGUUAUGUGUGAAAAAUGUAAAUUGAGAAUUCAUCCCAACAUAAAAAAUGCGAAAGAUCAUAAAGUAAUGGACAUAAAAGAGGUUGCACAACAUUCUUCAAAGUUGGAUUAUAGAAACAUUAAGUGUGCUGAACAUUUGGGGCAAAUUUGCAAUCGUUACUGUCUGUCAUGUGACAGAAUUGUCUGUCCGAUUUGUACUUCCAAAACACACAGUAAACAUGCACUAUUGGAAAUUGGCGAAGGGUAUGAAAUUCAAUUAGAAAAACUUAAGAAUAAACAAAAGAAAAUAAGAUCAAAUAUCGAAAUCUUAGGCCAAAGGAAAACUCAACUGAUCGACACUAUUAAGACGGAAAAUUCAAAAUAUAGGGAAACAAAGAAAAAAAUUCAUUCUCAGAAUGUAAUUUUGAAAAAUGCUGUUGAUCGUCUUACUGAAAAACUAGCAAAAGACUUGGACCAAAAAUGGGAAAGUAUUCAUAAUAAUACGGAAAAAGAAGAAAAGAAAAUUUCACAUCAGAAGAAAAGUUUAGAAACUUGUCAAUCAAAAUUAGAAGACAUUGUGAAGUCAAGAAAUGUUGCCAAAUUUUUUGAUGAUUUUGGAAAAAUAACAAACAAUAUCGAAGACAUUGAACCUGUUGAACCUUUUGAACUAAAGUUAAUACCCACAUUUUUACCAGGGGAAGUGAGUGAAAAUAACAUUGGAUCAUUCCAUGAGGUCAUUGAUAAAAUUAAUUUCAGAGUUAUGAAACAGUAUAAUACUGAAAUACCUAGAGUGGAUUAUAUUUCUUCAGGGGCUGACAACUCGGUAUGGAUUACAUGUAAUUCACCAGGCAUUUUACAUCAAGUGAAGCUAGAUGAAAACCUUCAAACGUGUUCUAGUUUUAAAAUGAAAAUAUUUGGCAUGGCAGAAAAUAAGUCAAAUGACUUGCUUCUCAUUACUGGAGGUGACUCAGUGCUCAAAAUGGUUGAUGGAAGCACUGGGGAUAUAGUUGAAACCAACUAUGACGUAGAUCCACUAAUUCCGACAGCUAUCCAUGUCAUGGAAAACGACACAGUUUUAAUCGGCACUAGAAGUAGUGGUCCCUUGUUUCCAGUUACUGGAAGACGUGUUAUAAUCUCUAUGGAAAAGGAUGGACAACAGAAAUGUUUACUUGAACGUGAUAAAAAUAAUCAGCGUCUUUUUACGUACACUGAAAACAUUUCUAGCACCAAAAAUGGCCAUAUAUGUCUAGUGGAUCAACAACACAGUGAUGGAAGAGGAAGAGUCCUGAUCAUUGGUCACAACAAAGAGAUCUUACAGACAUACAGUGGUCACCCUGACCUGAACACUAAAACAAGGCCAUUCAAACCAGUAGGAAUAGCGACCACACCAUCCAAUAAAAUCAUUGUACCAAACUUAAACUUCCAUACGUUACACAUUCUAAAUAGUUUGGGACAUUUCAUAACUUACUUCAACACAAGAGAUGUCGGAAUACAACAUCCAUAUUCUAUGGCUUUCAGAAACAAUGGACAACUUUACAUAGGAUGUACAACACCUAUCGGAAAUUCUGACAAGGCGAAAUUAUAUGAAGUAGAAAUGUUUGAAUAAAACUUAUUAUUUGUUCAAAUUCAUGUACAAUCUAAAAGGGAGCUUGUUAAAGAAAAA